UUCCUACAAAACUAAAAUCUCUCUUUCUCUCUCUAAAACCUCUCCCUCUCCUUCCAUCUGCUCCUUUUUUUUUUUUUUGUCCAUGACUGGUUGGCUCUUUCUAUUUGUCUGUUGCCGGAUUAAUUUGUGAAUUCCGGCAACCCAUUUGUAUCCCGGGAAGACCCAGAUUGGAUCCGAGGGCAUUUAUCAUUUCUUCUUCUUCUUCUUCACAUCCGAGAUGAUUUUUUUAUUUGUUUAUUUAGGAUAAAAUGCAAUAGAUCCAGCUGUGUUUUAAGGUCGAAAUUCAUGGGAAUUUGUUUUAGCAUAGAAAAUAAGCAAGUAUCUCAAGAACAACGGCAAUUAUCUUCUAAGAAAGGACAAGACUUUGAUCAGCCAGCAAGUAAAUUAAGUAGGCCAGACUCAUUUGACGUAAAAAGCGCCAGCAACACUCCAUUGGUCCCAAAGAAUGUCACUGAUCUACGCCAGAAUCCAGGAUAUAGUAAUGUUGACAUCUUUACAUAUGAGGAAAUGAAAUUGGCCACAAAGCAUUUCCGACCUGAUUUCAUUCUUGGCGAGGGUGGAUUUGGAGUUGUUUAUAAGGGUGUCAUAGACAAAAGCAUAAGACUUGGUUAUGAGACCAUGGUUGUUGCCAUCAAAGAGCUUAAUCCUGAUGGGUUACAAGGUGACAGAGAAUGGCUGGCAGAAGUCAACUAUUUAGGUCAAUUUAGUCACCCAAAUCUUGUGAAGCUUAUUGGGUAUUGCUGUGAAGAUGAGCACAGGCUAUUGGUCUAUGAAUACAUGGCAAGUGGGAGUUUAGAGAAACAUCUUUUUAAGUAG